CAGGGAUAUAAAAGCCACCAGCCAGGUCUGUCCUUGUGACUGUGUGACAGAAGGAAAGUUGCAUUGACUCAUCAGAGGGCACGUAAGGGAUUAAAAGCAAGUCGACUAACCAGAAUAUUGAAGUGAAUAACAUGAAUAGAAAAGGACUGGCUAAUGGUGAAGAAGCCAUAAUGGUCAUAGAAGACACCAACCCAAAAAGAGCAAAAAAGUUGUUCACCAAAAAAGAGAGAAAAGAAAAAGCAGCAAUGAUCGGCCCAUAUACCAUGUUUCGAUACUCUGAAGCUGCGGAUUGGCUGCUGAUGCUGGUGGGAACGGUAGCAGCGAUUAUCCAUGGCGCCUGCCUCCCCCUUCUGAUGCUUGUGUUUGGGAGUAUGACAAACAGCUUCGUUUCUGAGGGCAAAGAAACAAACGAAACAUCAACCGAAGCAAAAGCCAAUGCAACAGACCCACUGCAGGAGCAAAUGACAACGUUUUCCUAUUACUACACUGGCCUGGGAUGUGUCUCAUUGCUUUGUGCCUACGUUCAGAUAUCACUGUGGACUUUGGCCGCUGGCCGGCAGAUUAAGAAGAUCAGACAGAAUUUUUUCCAUGCGGUGCUGAGGCAGGAAAUUAGUUGGUUUGAUGUCAAUGAUUCAGGAGAACUGAAUACGAGGCUGACGGAAGACAUCUCCAAGAUUAAUGAGGGCAUCGGUGACAAGAUGGCUAUGCUGUUUCAGUAUUCAGCUACUUUCCUGGCCGGUUUUAUCGUUGCGUUUGUUAAGGGCUGGAAGCUGACUCUUGUUAUUUUGGCAAUCAGCCCAAUCAUGGGGCUCGCUGCUGCUCUCUGGUCAAAGAUAUUGGCAGCAUUCACCAGCCAGGAGCUAGAAGCUUAUGCCAAAGCUGGAUCGGUGGCCGAGGAGGUCCUCGCAGCGAUUCGGACUGUCAUAGCCUUUGGGGGGCAAAAUAAAGAAAUAGAAAGGUAUGAAAGGAACUUAGAAGAUGCAAAGAAAAUAGGAAUCAAAAAGGUGAUCACAACAAAUGUUUCAAUUGGGUUUUCCUUCCUAACAAUAUACUCUGCGUACGCCCUGGCCUUCUGGUAUGGGACCACCCUUGUCAUCGAUGAAAACUAUUCAGUUGGAGACAUUCUAACAGUAUUUUUUGCCGUCACUGUUGCUUCCUUCAGCUUCGGCCAUGCUGCUCCCAGUAUAGAAGCCUUCGCCACUGCGAGAGGUGCAGCGGCAACAAUAUUCAGCAUUAUUGAUACUGAGCCCAAAAUUGACAGUUUUUCUACAGCAGGAUUUAAACCUGAGAAGAUAAAAGGAGACAUAGAAUUCAGAAAUGUAAAGUUUACUUACCCAUCCAGACCGGAUAUCCAGGUCUUGAAAGGUUUGGACCUGAAGAUUCAUAGUGGUCAAUCGGUGGCUCUAGUAGGGAGCAGUGGUUGUGGUAAGAGUACAGCAGUCCAGCUCAUUCAGAGGUUCUAUGAUCCGGAAGCUGGCUUGAUCACAAUUGAUGGACAAGACAUCCGUAGCCUCAAUGUCCGAUAUCUAAGAGAAGUGAUCGGUGUGGUAAGUCAGGAACCGGUUCUCUUUGAUACCACGAUCGCUGAGAAUAUCCGUUUUGGCCGAGAAGAUGUCUCAAUGCAGGAACUAGAACAGGCCACCAAGAAGUCUAAUGCCUACAGCUUCAUCAUGGAGUUUCCAGACAAAUUUGACACCCUGGUGGGAGAGAGAGGAGCGCAGCUGAGUGGAGGCCAGAAGCAGAGGAUCGCUAUCGCACGGGCACUGGUUCGCGACCCCAAAAUUCUCCUCCUUGAUGAGGCCACUUCUGCGCUGGACUCUGAGAGUGAAGCGGUUGUCCAGGCAGCCCUGGAUAAGGCCAGAGAGGGCCGGACCACCAUCAUCGUCGCCCAUCGUUUGUCUACAAUCAGAAAUGUGGACAGUAUUGCUGGAUUCGACAAUGGAGUAAUUGCUGAGCAGGGAAGUCACAGCGAACUCAUGAAAAGGAAAGGGAUCUACUACAAACUGGUCACCAUGCAGACUGUGGAGGGUCAGGGUGACAACGAAGACCGAAAAAGUCAGGCAAAUGAAACCUUAUCAGAUAUGAAGAACACAGGGGCCAAGUUAGUGCGGAGACAGUCAAGCCGACACAGCUUCAAGAAAUCAUCAGCAAGACAAGACAAGGAAGAGGAUGAGAAGAAUAAAGAUGUGAAUGAAGAGCCUCCUCCAGUUUCAUUUUUCAAGGUCCUGAAGCUGAAUAAAUCCGAGUGGCCGUACUUUGUGGUGGGACUCAUCUGCGCAAUAAUCAACGGUGGCACCAGACCCGCCUUUUCCAUUAUAUUUUCCAGGAUUAUCGGAGUAUUUGCAGGGCAGGCCGAUGAGAUCAGGUCCAGAAGUAACAUGUUUUCUUUGCUCUUUUUGGGACUUGGAGUAUUGUCUUUUAUUACCUUUUCCCUUCAGGGAUACACCUUUGGAAAAGCUGGGGAGAUCCUAACAAAGAGAAUAAGACUUCUGACUUUCAAAGCAAUUUUGAGACAGGAAAUGGGCUGGUUUGAUGACAGUAGGAACAGCACUGGGGCUUUAACCACAAGACUGGCAACUGACGCUUCCCAGGUCCAAGGGGCAACAGGAGCCAGGCUGUCACUGCUUGCCCAGAACACUGCAAACAUGGGCACUGCCAUUAUUAUAUCUCUUAUCUAUGGCUGGCAGCUGACCCUUCUGAUGCUGGUAAUCGUACCAGUCCUGGUCAUUUCUACCAUUAUCAGAAUGAAAGUAUUCAUUGGGCAUGCAAAGAAAGACAAAGCUGAUUUGGAAGUAGCGGGGAAAGUUGCCAUUGACGCUGUUGAAAAUAUUCGUACAGUUGUUUCUUUAACCCGGGAGAAGAAAUUUGAGACCAUUUAUGAAAAGACCCUGGAGGGACCCUACAGGAAUUCUAUAAGGAACGCACACAUGCAGGGCUUCACCUAUGGGCUGUCUCAGGCAAUCAUGUUUUUUGCAUAUGCUGGAAAUUUCCGGUUUGGGGCGUAUCUAGUGGCAGAGGGUCACAUGACUUUUGAUAACGUGUUUCUGGUGUUUGCGGCCAUUGUAUUUGGGGCAAUGGCUUUGGGUCAGACCAGUUCCUUUGCUCCAGACUACGCUAAGGCUAAAUUGUCAGCGGCUCAUAUAUUCCACCUGCUGGAUAAGAAGCCCCUUAUAGACAGUUACAGCACCGAUGGGAAUAAACCUGAAAAAUGUGAAGGCAACGUCAUGUUCAGAGGAGUUCACUUUCAUUACCCGACCAGACCAGAGGCGUCAGUGCUGCAGGGACUGGACAUCAGCGUGGGGAAAGGUGAAACCCUGGCACUAGUGGGCAGCAGCGGAUGUGGGAAAAGUACUACUGUCCAGCUCCUGGAGAGAUUCUACGACCCACAUGACGGACAAGUGAGUGUAGAUGGCUGUGAUGUGAGGAGCGUGAACAUCCAGUGGCUCCGAGCCCAGAUGGGCAUCGUGUCCCAGGAGCCCAUGUUGUUUGACUGCAGCAUAGCGGAGAACAUUGCCUAUGGAGAUAACAGCAGGACGGUGCCACAAGAAGAGAUUGAAAGAGCAGCCAUUGCAGCCAAUAUCCAGAGCUUCAUUGAAACACUCCCGGAUAAAUACAAUACCUGCGUUGGAGAUAAGGGCACCCAGCUCUCCGGGGGUCAGAAGCAGCGGAUCGCCAUAGCCCGAGCUCUUGUGCGUCAACCCAAAAUCCUGCUUCUGGAUGAGGCCACAUCAGCUCUGGAUACAGAGAGCGAAAAGGUUGUACAAGAAGCUCUGGACAAAGCGCGGGAGGGCCGCACGUGUAUUGUGAUUGCCCACCGGCUCUCUACCAUUCAGAAUGCAGAUAAAAUAGCUGUGAUCCAGAAUGGGAGAGUCGUGGAACAGGGGACACAUCAACAGCUGCUGCAGCAGAAAGGGGUCUAUCACUCACUAGUAACAAUACAGCUCGGAUCCACAUGAGGUGGAGACAGAGGAAAAGGUUGUUUACGGAUUUGGAUGUCCUGAGAAUGCUCGAAAUACAACACUCCUAAGGGAAGCGCGUUAUGGAAAUGUUGCGUGUGUUCCACAUACAUGGUUAAGAGGGAUACGGAGAGGGGGGAAGACACCUGUGUCAGUCCUGGUGCAGGUUACAGCAGAGCUGAAGGGAUUUGUGUGAUUAUGGGAAUAGUCAACAAGUAGGAGGUGGUAUCUCUGCCUUGAGGCCUAGCUGUAAAGGCCCGUACACACUGGUCGAUAUAUUGUCCGUUCUCUUGAACGGCCGAUAUAUCGAGGGACCGUCGGCCAGUGUGUACGGCCUAUACGUCUGUGAACUCCGUCGUUCACAGACGCAGAGCCGGCCUUAGGCAUAGGCAAACUAGGCAAAUGCCUAGGGCAUUUGGUAUGCUUUGGGGCACCAGCAGCUUCUGCUGAUUAAAAUGAUAUGCGGCAUGCCUAUAUUCUGUGUGUAAUCCUGGAUAUCACUGUAAUGUAGCAUUUCGUAUGCAGAUACAGCCGCAGUGGCACACAGAAUAUAUGCAUGCUGCAUAUCAUUUUAAUCAGCAGAAGCUGCUUGUGCAUCCUAGCCACAUAGUAAUGCAAAUAAGAUGCAUUUUCAUAAACAAAAGGCGCCCAACGUUAGCAGAGCUGCCAGCUGACUCACGCCAGGCAUCUCUUGCAGAACUAGCGGCGGUGCUAGGGGGCACCAGCCAAAAUCUUGCCUAGGGCAUCAUAUUGGUGAGGGCCGGCUCUGCACAGACGUAUCGCGUCGGACACGCAGCAUAGCCGACGGCCAAUAUAGCUACCGAUAUAUUGGCGCGCCACUGUGUGUGUACGGGGCGGUCGGCCGACCGCCCGUACACAUGCUGCGGCGUCCGGCGGUGAUUGACAGGUGAACUAGGCGGGCGUGUGUACACGCCCGCCCAGUUCAUGACGUCAGUCCCCGACGGAUCGAGCAGUGUGUGUAUGCUGAACACACUGCUCGAUCCGGCGUCCAUAGAUAUAUCUGCAGAUCAAUUGAUCUGCAGAUAUAUCUGUAAGUGUGUACCCACCUUAAGAGAACACAUUUCAGCACCAACCACAAUGUCUCUCACCCUCCCUUCUGUCAGACCUCUGAGCAAAAGUCUUGUACACUCUUUCACUGCCAGUAUACUCGUGUAGAAUCUGAUGUAGAGAAAUGCUGCCAGCUCUGUUGUUUCAUUUUAUUGUGUUAUCUGUAUCUGACAUCUGUAACUGUGUACACCUGAUGCAAAGGAUUUGUUUUACACUCUAUAUCAGGGCUGGCCAAACCGGUCCUCGAGAUCUACCAACAGGUCAUGUUUUCCAGGCCUCCUGGAGAUCUGUAGAAUUGUCAGUUAGGAAUGAAUGCAGCACAUCUGAAUUAGUAAUGACUACACCUGUGCACCAGCUAGGUGGUCUGGAAAAUGUGUACUGUUGGUAGAUCUCGAGGACUGGUUUGGCCAGCCCUGCUCUAUAUUAAUGGCAAUAUGACAAAAAUAAGUCUCUCAAUUACCAAUUAAGUGGUGCAGAUGUGGCAAUCAUUUACAUUUGUAUUACUGUCUCUAUAGCAAUUGUCACAGUGACCUCUUCAAUUUUUACAUUGGCUUUAAAGUGUAAACAUACAUUGCCUAUGGCCUAAUCGGGAUGAAGUCCGAGCUUAGUGCUUAGGGCCCGAUUCAGUGUAUGCUAGUGUCACCGCCACAGCUGCUGUGUGAUAAUAUGCAAAUGACACAGCCACCUGGAUUUAUAUUAAGACCAGCGUACUAAGACAUUGGUGGCAGAUUAGUGGAUUAUCUGGCUUCUGAGUAGCCCUAUGGUCACACAGCGUGGCCGCUGGAAGUGAGACACUUGAGCCACUGUUAUUGCGUACAUGAUCACAUAAACAGGCUGAUAUAUGCCCCGACACGCGACACGCCUGCAUUAUUUGCCACCAAUCCCCAUAAUUGCCCCCAAAUAGUUCCAGACUGUCAAUCACUUAGCAAAUAAAUCCUCACUGCAUCCUCCAUCGCACGACCACCGCGACACAUGCGCACUGCGACCUAGAUGUGUGCGUAGUCGGACGAUUAUCUGCAAAUACAUCAGGUUUGUGUACAUCUCUGAAUCAGACCUUUAUUGCCUAAGACAUAAGAAGCUGUAAUUCUUACAGAGCAUGGCUGAGUCCUAACAUUGGGGAUUAAUUUGUUACCACUCAUGGAUAUUCAGUAUUUGGGAAAGAUGGGUCUAAGGACCAGAUUCAAUUCAAAUACUGCAUCUUACUGUAUUCAGAAUCUGCUUGCGCCUCCAUUCUGUCUGCAGAAUCCUCCUUCUAUAGUUUAUGUGUGGAAACAGCAGGAAUGUGCCCUGGCAGCAUCUGCGCUUAAUCAUAUCUGCCCCUAAGAAAGGAAAUGGAGGGAGGGAAAUCUAUUCUAAGUAUAAUAAGAUUCCCUGUAAUAACUCUUAUGCUCCUUCUAAAUCCAUGCUGUGGAGACCACGGAUGGUGUUGUUUUAUUGGUAUUCAUGUUCUGCAGCCUCUUCUUUGGUUUUUCCUUGGUUGGAACGUCAGUUGUGGGAGUCGUCUGUCUGAAGCAGUCUUCCUAUUCACACCUAAUGGAAUUCAGUGUAGAAGGAAACACAAUCAGCUGAAUGGAGCAGAGAGCGGCAGCCGUAUGCGGAGGGGCUGGCUGCGGCGGACAUGUGUGGAGCCGCUGGCAGCAGGAAGAAAGGUGCUGCGGCGGCGGGGGAGCAUUGUUCUGCGGCCCCGUGGGAGGUGCUGGCAGCGCAGACAUGUCCCCCCGCAGCCAGCUCCCCCCACCGGCCACCGAUCUCAAACCCCCUCCCCCACACACACACCGCCCGCAGCACCGCUUCUCACCUCAAUCCGACUUGUUUUCAAGUCAGAUUGAGUUUGUCGGAAAAGGGACCAAAACCUUUCGGAUUUGGCCCCGUUUCUGACAGAAGCACGUGGAUCGGAGUCUAUUCCGCCGAUCCACGUGUUUUCCGACAAGCCGGGAAUUCCCGACUUGUCGGAUAAAAUCAGCCCCUAUUAAAUAUGUCGGAACCCCUUCCGACCUAUUUCUGUCGGAAGCUGCCGUCUUUCUGACAAGACGGCAGCUUCCAACAGUUAUUGAAUAUAGCCCUCUGGCUCCAACUUCAGCCACCUAGAUGUUACUAGUGGUGUCCCACAAUGGUCCUGACCUGGGGCCAUCAUGGUUUUCCAUAUUCAUUGCAAAUACCAACAGUGUGUAAAUCAUUAUCUAUUCAUAUCCGCACUGGUGACACUAUCCUGUCUCCACACAACUCCAGCUUUUCGGACCCCCACAUCAUAUUGCAUACUAGCCUACUCUCCUGAAGCGGCCAGGAGGCCCCUGAAUGUUGGGUGGCGCUCCCAGCUACCUAGAAGGGCAUUCAAGUCUCCUGGAGUUUUGCUGGCAAUACCAGAUUCCCGAGUAAAGUGGGUGGUCUGGGUGGCCUUUUACGUGAUUUGCGCAUUACCCGUUUAUGCAGUGACCCGCCCUCGUUGCGCAGCCCUGUCUGCCACUUCUCAGAGAGGCAGCCAAAAAGUUGGCAAGAAUGUCUUACUGCAAUCUGAUCUCUCCCGUGUGGAACGUGGGAUGGGUGGUCUUCUAUAUGCCGGCGUUCGGGCUCCCGGCGCUCAGUAUACCGGCGCCGGGAGCCCGACCGCCGGCAUACAGACACUUAUUUUCCCUCGUGGGGGUCCACGACCCCCAUAGAGGGAGAAUAAAAUAGUGUGGUGCGCGUAGCGCGCCACCGUGCCCGUAGCGUGGCGAGCGCAGCGAGCCCGCAAGGGGCUCAUUUGCGCUCGCCACACUGUCGGUAAGCCGGCGGUCGGGCUCCCGAAGCCGGUAUGCUGGUCGCCGGGAGCCCGACCGCCGGCCACCCGUAGUGAACCCCGUGGGAUAACUACUUCUGGCUGUGAACACUAAUAGAAAAUGAUCCUUGUUAGUUCGCACAAACGAUUUAACUUGCACUUACACCUAAUGUAUUAAAGCAAAAUCUGAUGCAGAGCCUGAUUAAGACCCUUUGAGGCCCUGAGUAAUAUACUCAUAUAGGGGGCCCGUUUACACUGUAUUUGGUAAAGAAAAGAACACAAAUGGAUUACAGUAAUCCAGGCCCCUCAGUGCUGGUUGGGCCUUAGGCAGGAGCCUAGGUUGGAUGAUCCAGCUCUGUUCUCACAUCAUAUCCAAAUAUAAAUACUAGGAUAUAUGGCAUGAGCUUCAUUUGGUUUACAUAUAGACAACCUGACAUCUAUAAUGAACUGCACACUGGGGUUGCUCUAUAGGAAGAAAUCCGGCCUAAUUCUGCACUGCACAGAUGCUAAUGUAAUUAUAGUCUAUGCGGGUGUUGCUUAUGGUACGGCCCCUCUAAUACACCACAGCAAGCUUUAUACUUCAGUCUGCCAUCUUGUGUGUUACUACAAAACACAUCAAUAGGUUUCCAUUUUGGGAUUCUAGAUUUGUUCCCUUUGUCUGUUUCUCCAUCAGAUACAUUUUGGUCUUACCCCUGUAACUAUAAACAUUUACCACAUAAGAUCUACUUCCAGAUACCUGCUAAUGUUUCCUAAAUUCAGUGUGCAGCUGAGAUGCUCUGUCUUCCCCUAAUGGGUCCCCAUAUGUGGAGCAACUUACCUGGGACAUUUAAAUCUGACGCCUGUCUGACACCUUUCAAAGCUUCCAUCAUUUGCCACUGUAAACGUGUUUGUGAUUGUCAUGCUUAAUGUAGUUUCUCUGUAACAGGGUUGCGGCUGUUUAUUUACAGAACAUAAUUGACAGGUUACGCUCAAUGUAUUUAUUCCUGGUAAAAUUCUCAAAGUAAAAUAAAAUUUUUUUUUUACAAAUUUG